AUGCGCCCGUUUCUCGACAGCAAGAGCAUGAAGCCCGGGGACCGGCUGUUUGACAAGAUCGACGUGGCGAUUAGGGAGUGCAAAGUUGGGGUGGCCGUCUUCUCUCCAAUGUACUGCGACUCCUACUUCUGCCUUCACGAGCUGACCCAGAUGAUGGAGCUUGGAAAGCGGGUCGUGCCCGUUUUUUGUGACGUGAAGCCCUCGGACCUCCGGGUUAGGGAAGACGGGUGGUGCCCGCCAAAGGAUCUCGAUAGGUUUCGGUCCGCGCUAGAGGAGGCUAAGUUCACCGUCGGAUUAACUUUCGACACACGUAAUGGGGACUGGGUGGAGUUUCUUGCGAGUGCUACAGAUGUGGUGAUCAAGAACUUGAUUGAAGUGGAGGAAGAACAAAGCAACUAG